GAUGGAAAUGGAAUGGAGGUGGGUUUCACGAGUCACAUCCCCUCGCCUAUAAAGUGGUUUCUAGAAGCGCGCGCCCGCCUCAGAUACACUCCACCCUUGAACAUGUCCGGGCAUUGCCUCCUCGGUAUGGCAAGAUUGCAAAUAUUAUUAUUAGUGGCAGUGCCACUGUGUGCAGCACAAUUUAGAAUUCAGGGUCCUAGUGAUGGAAAUCGACGAGCCCAAGGAUUGCAGUAUGAUCGAGAGAAAGGAAUUCAGUACGAUGACCAGAGAGCUUCUUUGGGUACUGGUGAUUUCACUAUUCAAGGUGCCAGUGAUGGGAAUAGCAACUUUAAAAUCCAAGGUGCAACUGAUGGAAACUCUGAUCUACAAAUUUACGGUGCAACUGAUGGAAGUGCUCAGUCUUACAUUCGAGGUCCAACUGAUGCCAAUGCACAGUUUCAAAUUCAAGGAGCUACAGAUGGACAUUCUAACUUCCAAAUACAAGGUGCUACUGAUGGUCAUAGCCAGAGCUCUAUUCAAGGUCCUUACGAUGCCAAUCAAGGAGGAGCUACUGCUUUACAAUAUAAAGAUCCAUCUGGUUUAAAUGUCAACUGGAAAUCAUAUCAACAUUCACAAAGAGCACAACCUCAAGCUCAACCUCAAUAUGUAUCUGCUCCUGCUCCAAGUCCACGAAGAAGGACUAAACAAAAACAACAAUACUUGCAUACUGAAGCUCAUAUUCCUCAAGCAGCUCCAGUACAACAAGCUGUAGCACCAGCGAAAAAUCCAUAUUACAAAGUGUAUGAUAAAGCUCCUCCUCAAAUUGCGCAGUUGUUACAGUAUCAGCAACAAAUUCCUUACUUGAAUAUCAUUCCUGAACAGUUUAGAUACAACUUUGAUAGUGCACUCAAUGCACCUGUUGGUCAAGCACAACAACAGGUACAACAUCAAGCACCAGCUGAACAAGCCUCAGAAGCUGCUGCUGCUGAACCUCCUCAACGACCUCAAUAUCGUGGACGAGCUCGCUUACAUUCACGGCAAAAACGUCAAGCUCAACAUCAACGACAAGCACAAAAAGUAACCCAGCCACCACCCGAACCACAACCACAAUAUCAACAUAAUGUUCCAUCUCGUAUUCAAGAGUUAAUUAAAUUUCAAGCACAAAUUCCUUACAUAAAUCACAUUCCAGAAAAAUGGAGAUAUGAAGCUUUAUUGGCUCAACAAGGUAGUGAUUUAAAAGCUCAAUAUCAACGUCAACCAGAACCAGAACCUGUUAGACACAGUCAACGUGUACGACAGAGACGUGAAGCUCAGUCAGAUCAAGUAGAUCUUUCUAAAUAUCAAAGAAUUUCUAAACCACCUGAAGAUCCACAACCUCAUUACAACACUAAUCUUCCUGCUAAUCUUCAACAAUUGUUAAAAUUCCAAUCUCAAACUCCUUACACCAGUGUUAUUCCAGAACAAUUCAGUUAUGAAAAACUGUUAGCUGCUCAACAACAGCAACAAGGUCACCGUCAAAAGCGACAAGCUCCUCAAUACCAACAACAGCAGCAGCAGCAGCAACCAGAUCUUUCUCAAUAUCAAAGAAUAUCUCAGCCACCAGCGGAAGCUACUCCUCAAUAUUCCACUAAUCUACCAAGCUCCAUUCAACAAUUAUUACAAUUCCAAUCUCAAGUUCCCUACGACAUUAUUGCAAACAGAAUUACUGCUCGUUUAGAUAAACCUUACGUUCCACAACCGAUUUCAUCACCACCUGCCAAUCAAUAUCAAUCGCAACCUCAACCACAGCAACUUGCACAACCUCAGCCACAAUAUCAACAACAGCAACCGUUGCAGAGUCCAGCUUUUCAACCUCAGUAUCAACAACCACAACAACCAUCAAAUCCAGGCUAUCAACAGUCUGAACUGAUUCGUCCGCAGUUCCAUCCGAAUGAAAUUCCUCAGUAUCAAUCACCACAAUAUAAUCUACCACAAUAUAAUUCACCUCAGAACAAUAUUCGACCUGUCACUGAAAACCAGUAUUAAGUUCAAUUAUCAUGCUAUUAUAUAUAAUUUUGCAAUCGUGAUAACGUAAUAUAUUAAGAGUUGUAUCCAUUUUUUUAUUUUGUUGCAAUAGAUUUAAAAUAUUUUUCUAGAAUAAAUGUUGAAACUUUUGUAACUUUCAAAAUAUUAUCUAGUGAAUUCACUUAAGUGUUUGAAAUAAUUACUCUAAAGUCAAUAUUGAUGUAUAAUACCUAAUCAAACGGUGGUGAAUAUAAGUCUAAAAGUUAAAUUUGAUUCCAUGAAUAAUUGCUUUGAUAUCAACAGUAAAGAAAGCACGACAGUUUAUUAAUAUUUAAUGAUCGAUGAGAAAUAAUUUGAAUGAUAAAAAUAACAAUAAAAUACACUUUUGGACUUACAUGAGACUUUAAUUAGUAAAUUACAGUUUCUGAAGAAUGCCUACUACUAUCGAACAUCAUGUAUUAUAGACGUAAAGACGACGCCGAUGUUUCUGAGGAAUUUCCAUGGAAAGGAAAAGUUAUGAAAGCAUAUACGCUUAAAUGCACCCUUGAAGGUAAAAUAUCGAAGAAUUGCAUAUCUAAACGCGAAUUAUGCAUAUAUAUUAGCAUCAAUGCGCGUGCAACGCACCUCUGAAUGACAGGGUAAGGUAUUUCCUACAUGAAGGGAAAUGGAUAAAAGCCCAAGAGAGUGAGCUUAUGUUUUUGCUAUUGGAAUCAUAUCACGCAAGUAUUAAUACAAGGGGAAAAAGAAGACAUAUAGAGACAAAAAGAAGCAAACGACAGCAAAGGAGGCGUAUUCAACAACUUAUUGUAUUUGAAUAUUUUAUAGAGGGUUAAAGUCUAUGUUUUAACACAUGCGCAAGCUUUUCAACCCCCAAAUGCACUUUUUCUUCUUUACGCCUUCAUUUCUUGCAUAUAAUAAAUUUAUUCUUUUUUAUUUAGCCCGUGGAGUCUCGAUAAAAAUUAUAAAACUAACCGCGUAUGUAAAAUUUCAAUGUAAUUAUUGGCUUGAAGAUAAAUAGUUUAUGAGAAUUAUUAGUAACACUUAUAAUCAAAUAUCAAUUGUUAUAAUUACCAGACGUUGGUCGUUUUUUAUUCUAAACUUUCUUCUUGAACUCACGAAAAAUGUCCUGUCUGUAGACCUAAAUCCUAAAAUUAUAUCCCCAUGUCACAUGCGGUUUUGCUCUUCUUAUUUUUGGUAUCACUGCAAGUAACGUAUUUUAUAACCUUUUUGUCGAAAAGUCUAGACAACGUUUAAAACUAUAGAAAAAUUACCUUUGCUUCGUAUGGAUAGUUGAUCUAAAUUGCUGAUACAAUAAAUCAUUUAAAAUAUAAA